CCUCUGAAGAGUUGAAUCUACAAAGUGAUCUGAGGCAGUAGUGGUCAUUACAUAAAGAGUUUCAGCCUGGAUAUUGAACACAUCUCUCGCAUUAACCCAUAGACAUAUCAGUUUUCAAUUUACAGUGGCAGAUGCAGUAGCAGGUUGAGACAUGACUCCUGCUGUCUUCCUAGUCAUCCUCUGCUUGGGAGUUGUGCCAGGUGCUUCAGCAUUGGAUCUUAGUUUGGAUGUUCAAUGGCAAGAGUGGAAGAUAAAAUAUGAAAAAUUAUACAGCCCGGAGGAAGAAGUCCUGAAGAGAGUAGUAUGGGAAGAAAAUGUGAAAAAAAUUGAACUGCACAACAGAGAGAAUUCCCUGGGGAAGAAUACCUACACCAUGGAAAUAAAUGACUUUGCUGACAUGACUGAUGAAGAAUUCAAAGACAUGAUAAUUGGUUUUCAACUGCCAGUUCACAACACAGAAAAACGACUCUGGAAACGUGCACUUGGUAGCUUUUUCCCUAAUUCUUGGAAUUGGCGGGACGCUUUGCCAAAAUUUGUUGAUUGGCGAAAUGAAGGCUAUGUGACCCGUGUGAGGAAACAGGGAGGAUGUAGUUCUUGUUGGGCUUUUCCUGUGACUGGUGCCAUAGAAGGACAAAUGUUCAAGAAAACAGGCAAACUGAUCCCCCUGAGUGUACAGAACCUAAUUGACUGCUCUAAACCUCAAGGCAAUAGAGGAUGUCUUUGGGGUAAUACAUACAAUGCAUUCCAGUAUGUUUUGCACAAUGGAGGUCUGGAAGCUGAGGCAACCUAUCCAUAUGAACGAAAAGAAGGAGUAUGCCGGUAUAAUCCUAAGAAUUCAUCGGCUAAAAUCACAGGAUUUGUGGUUCUCCCAGAAAGUGAAGAUGUCCUAAUGGAUGCUGUAGCAACUAAAGGUCCCAUUGCUACUGGAGUUCAUGUCAUUUCCAGUAGUUUUAGAUUCUACCAGAAAGGUGUUUAUCAUGAGCCAAAAUGCAGCAGUUAUGUUAAUCAUGCAGUGCUGGUGGUGGGCUAUGGAUUUGAGGGAAAUGAAACAGAUGGCAAUAACUACUGGCUGAUCAAGAACAGCUGGGGUAAACGAUGGGGAUUAAGAGGAUAUAUGAAAAUUGCCAAAGACAGGAACAACCACUGUGCAAUUGCUUCAUUAGCCCAGUACCCUACUGUGUAAGCAACCUGCUGUCCCAAGAAAGCACGUGGCACGGGACUCCAUUUCCAGAGGAGGGAAAUCUACUCCAAUGAAUUGUCUUUGAUGAGUAUGUUAAACUCUUGAGUCCCACAAAAUCUGCAUUAAAACGUGAAUUCUG